AUGCCGGGAAUGGUGGUAGUGGCGGUGGUAGUAUUGCUGAUGCUGCUGCUGCUGCUGCUGCUACCACCACCACUACCGCUACCGUGCCCACUACAGGGCUCCGGUGUCUGUCCUUGCAUGGCUGCCACACAUGUACUUACGUGCAUAGUACACAUCACCCACAGCCUGGCCAAUUUUGACAGGGAAGCCAACAACAACACCAAUAAUACUAACCACGACGCCCCUUGGGCCCCCGGCCAAGCCGGUCGCUGGCUCCCACCCACGGCCAUGACCGCGGCCAACACCAUGCUUACAUCCACCCGUCCAUCCCUCGCAAGUCGACGGGCCCCUUCUGCAAGUGACAGAUGUCAGUCGCAUGCAGAGCGACUGCUAAGGGCAGGUUGGGCAUAG